AUUACAGUAAUGCCUUUUUGAUCAAGUCUCUGUCGGAAGCAAAUGAGCCAGUCCAACAAUAAGCAAUAUUACGGCAAGUCAUGGCUGGCUGGCAACCAUAUGAUAAUCGCCAAUUAGGCCACAGGUUCCGCAGACAAUCAACAGAACCGGCCCCCAAAUGGUUCUGCAACCACUGCCGAACCGGAAUCCAUCUCAGUUUGCACCAGUUUUUGGAACCCACCAACUCCUUCUAGCUAGCUAGGCUACCUGGUAGCUAGGCUAGGGAAGUCGAACUGGUAGACGAGAAAUCAAAAGUCAACCAAACGCAUCAAAACAUCCAACCAGUGUCAUUGGUUUCCUGGAUGUAAAAACUUCCACUCACAUUUGCCAUUGGAGGGAGUCGAGUGACAGUCAGCUGGACGAAGAAACUAUCAUAGGAGAAACCAAAGACAUUUACCUACGAGUAAGUAGACGUGAAAGAGAUGACCAGAAGGGUUUGUCCCUAGCAACUUCCUGGGGGCUUCUUUUCUUUUGCUCGAGAAAACGUCAAGCAGCUACAUGUACACAUGGACACACGGACUUCGCCAGGAUAAUUUAGGUACAUCUGUGUGACCGCAGAGUGAGCAGCUACUAUACUCUCUACUACUAGCUAGUAGUUACAAUGGCAGCGUACUUUGACAUGUUACGCGAAGCCGCCGUGUUCAAUAGCCUGGCAGUGUUUGCGUUGAAACGAGGCAUGGACUUGGAGGGUUCACUGUUGGAUGCGUUCAACCACGCCCUGUAGUAUUGCCUGGAAAAGGUAACCUUUUGUCCGCAACUGCUCAAGACGGGUUGUACGGUUCCGGCCGUGUCGGGCAGCAAUCAAGUCCCAUUUUCUGGUACGGAAACAGUCGGAGCGGGUCGCACCGACGAAGAGCCUUUUACUUUUGCACUCGGGCACUCGGGCACUCGUCUUCGAUCCGGAUCGCACGCAUCCCGUGACGGCCGUGUCAAACCCCAAUCGACAAGCGGACGGAACGCCCAUUGUUGGAGAGCCACCGAAAUUCUGGAAGGCCAAUGGAUAUGAGCCAGCAAGGCUGUGAGAACAAAACGGACAGGUCAUUUGUCAGUCAUUGGGACAUUUCCGCAAAACCGUCGUGACUGUUCGUCUUCAUUUUUCGCAGUCUUUCGCUCAGAGGACAACCAUGAACCUCACUCCUCCUCCUCCAAGUUCAUCCAGUCCACCUGUCAACAUGUCAAUGAGCCGGCUUCGUCAGCCGUCAAACUCGUAUAUGUUUGUGUUUUUGGUCCUAAUGAGUCUGGUGUUGAUGAAUCUGUUUGCCAGAGAACAAAGCGUCUUCCAACAAGGAUUUUUGAUAACGGCCAGGGGAGUCACAGCAGUCUACACAAACAAGACAGUGACGACAUCAUCAUCAUCACUGCGGAAUAAGGAUAAAUUGAAUCAGCAAAAUAAAGUCGAUAUUGUGGCUCAAACUGAAGCUACCCAAGCCAAGGCUGAAGCUACUGAAGCUGAAGCAACAACUGAAGCUGACAUAGGCAGCACUGCAACGACCACCAGUAAAAAGAUAGAAGAACCACCAAAGGCUGUACCUGCACGUAAAGCUGAGGAUGAAGCCAAGGCUGAUCCUGAACCUCAGCCAGAAGCUUCGCCUGCUGAGACUCAGGUCAAGACUGAGGCUGAACUCAGUCGUCAGCCUGAAGUCAAGGCUGAACUGGACAGUGCUGCUCUUGUGGGAGAAAAUACAACCGUGCCAAAUAAUCACGACACUCCCACUUUUGGAAGUAAAACUGUCUUUAAUGUGACGUUGGUGACCAAUUUCUGGGCCAGUGCCGUGCGGGCCAACUCCAAGGGGAACCCCAACAAUCACACGAACGAAAUCCCAGCUGCCAUUCUACACAAUCUGCAAAAUCCAUACAUUCAUCAAAUGGUCGUCAUUCUAGAUUCCGCACCCAUCAAAGACAUUUGUCAACAAUUUUCACACAAAAUGCAAAAAAUGCAACAACGCUUUGUACAGUGGAAGCAUGAACAACAACAACAACAACAUGCUAACCUGACAGUAGUACCACCCUCCUCCAGUAGUCAUGACAUUUCCAAAGAACAAAUUGCGGCCAAACUCCGCUGCAUUACGCGGAAAGAGUCACAACCCUCCUACUAUGAAAUGUUCCAAUACGCCACCGAUCCCAACCUUGUCACUGGUGACGUCGUCAUUCUGGCCAAUCCAGACCAGGCAUUUGAUGACACGGUUCAGUGGGCCCAGCAUCUCCAUUACUCUUCGGUAUUGACGCUGCCCACUUGGGGAUACGAAGUCAAAAAGGCACCGCAAAGUGUCUCGGAAGUUUUCUCCUAUGUACGACACGAUACCACGGUCGAUAAAUUCCAUGUUCCACGACGCUGCAAUGGCCGGUUCAGUUCCUGGGAUGGAUACGUCUUUCAUCGCACAUUUGUCCGGGGACGACUUCGACCAGAUGACUUUAUGAGAAACACGGAUAUUGUCAAGGAGAACAUCACGAUCGUAUCAUCUUCCGACAACAACAAUACUACCACAGCAUCCAAUGUGACCUACGUCCGAGACUAUUUCAAAAUGAACGAUGGGGGAGGUGAAAAUGCCGCUCUGUGGGCCCUCUUGCACAAUCUACCCAACGAAACAUAUGCCACGGAUGGAUGCAAUGCCAUCCAAACGUGGCACAUUCACGCGGCACCCAAGAUGCACGCCACCAGCAAACAAAAGGCGCAUUUGUGGGGCGGAAAAGAUCCCAUGCGAGUGCCAAUGCCUUACGGGGAGGUCCCCAAGGACACGCAUUACAGUAAUGCCUUUUUCAUCCAGUCUCUGGCGGAUGCAAAUGAGCCAGUCCAGCAAUGAGCCAGUCCAGCAAUAAGGAAUGACUGGCUGGCAACCACAUGACAAUCGCCGAUCAGCCCUAAGGUUUCGCGGAAUUGCCUAUCGUACCACGACAAUCAACACAGCCGGCGCCCCGAAUUGUACUAGGGCCGCUCAUGAUCCUCUCGCAUCAUCGACACGUACUACGUUCCUUCUUGACACGAGAAAACGAUAUACUGCCCAUCAACAACAAUAGCAGCAACACUUGUCCCACUAUGAGUAUUGAUGUCACGGCCAGUGCCUUUUACGAGUACAACAUUGUCAAGGAAAUAUCCAUGAAUGUUGUCAUGGUUACGUGAACUCCGUCAGUGGCGCCGUCGGCAUGACCGUACCACAAUACAAGUAGUGGUACGGGCACGUGGGGACUCAAGCGUACUGUAGUCUACUGUACUGGGAACCACAAUGGGAGCAAGCAAAAAGAAACGACAGCAGUGAUGGAGCCCGAAAAUCAAAUCUUACUGCUGCGCGGCGACGGGGAUAGCGCCAAUGCAGCUCGAUUCGACUGUCACUUCGACUCGACUCCUUGCAACACUAUUGAAGUCCUUGCGGUAUGCUUUCAAGCCUUCUCUCACGAAUGUACUGUAUUAUAGUUUACUACUUUUUUAUU